GGGAGUCUAGCCGGGAGGUGGCUGGUGAGGAGGAAGAGCCUGUCUGCAGAGGCAAGCAGGAAACAACUGGUAGCUAGGCCCAGCAGUGAGAACCCAGAGUGGCCUAGGCCAGCUCACACGGCACGUGGAGAGCCACACCAGGCCACGCCCUCUCUGCCAGUGGUGAAGGAGGGAGGAAGUUCUGCACACACGGCCAUGUUUAGAAAUUCCGUUAGCCCAGGCAGGCUUCUCUGAGCAAGCCCGAGUCAGCGGAGUAGCAGGCCCUACGGAGGAAAGCCAGCGCUUCCCGGCCCACCCCCCCGAGAGGUGCACCAGGAGGUCUCUGAGGCCGCGGAGAUGGAGGCCAGAGGCAGGAGGAACCAUCUGCUACUGCUGGUCACCCUGGGGCUGGCAGCCAAGCUCGGUCACUUCCAGGGGUGGGAGGGCUUCCAGGAGAGGCCAAUGAGCAAGAACAACAUGAAUGGCACGCUCAACUUCUUCAUCCAGGCCUACAACAACAUGAGCAACGACACCUACCUGUUCCGGGUGCAGAAGCUCAUUCAGACUCAGAUGCAGCUGACGACCGGGGUGGAGUACUUGGUGACGGUGAAGAUCGCACGGACCAAAUGCAAGAGGAACGAGACAAAAGACGCUUCCUGUCCCCUGCAAAGCAAGAAGCUCAGAAAGACUUUAAUUUGCAAGUCCCUGAUAUACACUGUGCCCUGGAUCAACUACUACCAGCUCUGGAAUAACUCCUGCCUGGACGACUGAGUGCUCGUGCCGAGACCCUCGGGGUGCAGGUGGCCAUGCUGUGCACUGGCAGUUAUAAAAUUCUAACGGCCUUGUCUCCCUCACUGAGGUCUUCUUACACAUACGCUUGUG